AUGUCGGAUGUUAUCAUUCCCAAUGGAUCAUCUCCGUCAUCCCUGCCGCCCCAGCCCGGCUCGGAUCAUCUGCCUACCAUACCUUCUCCAAUUCAUGCCUCUCAUGGGAACCAGUCAUUCGAAGAAGAAUCUGACGCCGAAAGCGAUGGAGACUUGUAUUGCCCUUCUGACGCAUCUGAAUCUCCUGCUUGCCGCUCAGCUGGUCCAGCUUCACCCCUAUUCCAGUCUUUGUCUUUGCCACCGCCGCCUCGUCGCGGACGUCAAGAUGUCAGUCUUCCUACCCCUGUUCCCAAUCUGACAAAGAAGUCCCGCGGACGCAAGGUUCCAGUCUCUUCAGGGGGACCCGUAUAUGCGCGCAGCAAAGACAGGUCGAAGAAAGGCACCAGGACAUAUACCUGUCACGUCGAUGGCUGCAGCAAGUGUUUCGUGAGAAGCGAGCACCUCAAAAGGCACAUUCGGUCUAUCCACACUAACGAUAAACCAUGGGUGUGUCCCGUCGGGGGAUGCGAAAGGGAGUUCAGCCGCCGUGACAACCUGAACCAGCAUAUGCGCAUUCACAAGAGUCCGUAA